UUUCUCUUGUUCUUUCAGUGUCUCUACGAUUAAUAUCAAUCGGUGGAAAAUGAAAGAGAACUUUUAACUCUCUCUCUCUCUCUCUCUCUCUCUCAGCAUCGUUUUUGUUUACAGCUUCAGAUCUGCUUACACCUACGUACAGCUCUCACUUCUCAAUUCCAGGUGUGUGGGCCGUACAAAUGGAGGUGAUAGUUAACCAAGCUUUGCUAUCUUGCGCCGGGGAUACUCUUGCUACUAUCCUAUUCGCCCUCGUUUUUGUCAAUAAAGUUUUGCUUUAUUCAGCUCAAUUUCAGGCCAUUGUUGGGCUUAACAUGCCCAAAGCCAAAGGACAGCAUAACAAUGAAAGCCAAUUGAAAGUGGUUGAUGCUGAGGAGGCAGAUGGAGAUGAAGACGAUGACGACAAUGAUAAUGGAGAUGGUGGCGUAGGAGAAGAUGAAGAUGAGCUGCCAUCAGGAGGAGGACACAGUGACAAUCCCAACAGCAGCAAUGGGAAUGCCAAAAAGGGGCCUGAAGAAGGCGCGGGUGGAGCAGGGGAAGAGAACGGGGAAGAGGAAGAUGAAGAGGAUGGUGAUGGCCAUGGGGACGGUGAUGAUGAGGAUGGCGAUGAAGAUGGUGAAGAUGAUGAUGAGGACGAGGACGGUGGGGAUGAGGAUGAGGAGGAAAUCGUAGAAGAAGAGGAACCCGCGGAGGAUGAGGAGGAGGAUGAAGAAGAAGAGGCACUCCAGCCUCCAAAGAAGAGGAAGAAGUGAAAGAAAAACUAGUGAUACUUUUUAACUGUGGACUUCUGGGUAUUUGAAUUUGCAACCUUGUCUAGCUUAUGAGGGAGAACUGGUUUUUUAACUUGUUUUUAUCAUCUUGGAUUUGAAGCUUUUUAGAUAAUGGAACUUUUAAGAGCAUCAAUUUGGUGGAUUGAGCUAACAAAAUCUACUUUCAUCACUUUGAUUCUCUAUUCUUUUC